CACACAGCACGCGCGCCUGGUAUCCGUCUCUCCUCGUCCUCUGCCCCCUGCUCGUCCUCAUCAUCCUUCCUCUGCUGCUCCGCCUCCGCAUCCUCUCUCUCUCACUCUCCCGUCCUCCUCCCUCCCCUGCCCUCUCCGCAGCCGUUCUGGCUUCAGCCACUUCGUCACGCCCGACAUAUCGGCGCUGGCAUGGCCACUGACAUCCCGCUCGUCGCCACAAAGCCGAUGCCGCCCACGCUGGCGGGACAAGCACACCACCAGGACGGCGAGGGCCGCCCCCCGCUUGCACCGGCGGGCCGCUCGCGGUCCUGGUCGCCGCAGCGCACGGCCGAGCCUUGGAGACUGCCCGUCGGACUGGAGGCAGAUUGCGGCCUCCACCUGGAGCUCCUGGGCCAGCUGCUGCAGCGCCGCGGCGGCGGCGCGGGAGGCGCCGGCGCAAGGCCGCGCCCCGAGCGCUGGGACGCGGACCAGGCGCUGCGGCUGGAGCUGCGGCGGAGCAACGCGGCCCUCGCGCAGGUGCUGCCGCGCGGCUGCAGCAGCGGGGAGGAGCUCGGCUCGAGGUCUCUGGGCGUGUGCGUGGGCAGGGCGCCCUCGGUGAGCAACUCCCGCGAGCUGUCGGCAACGGGAUACAAGUUGCCGGUCGAGAACUCCGACGACCAGAUCGAUAGGAUCCUGUCGUCGGCCCCCAGCGCGGACGGGUACAUGAGCGUAGGCCUCUGCAGCAGCCACGCCAGCGUCGUCGGCCACAGCAGCUGGGACAGGGACGAGCGCGUCAUCGACCAGCUCCGAAGCUCAAGCAAACAAAAGCCCAUACUCUCAAAGGUGGAUCACACGAAGGAGGACAAACCACCAAGGGCGUUCUACUCGCUGCGAUGGCUGAUGAGCAAGCCGCAGUAUGAGUUGGCCUCGGCGCUCCUCAUCAUCUGCAACCUGAUCGUGCUGAUCCUGGAGGUGGAGUACAAGGGCAUCCAGCUCGGCUACGAGCUUGGGGGCAUCUACGCUCAGUAUGGCUCAAAGGAGUAUGCUGGCAAGUGGUGGCCUAGAGCCGACGGUGCGUUCUACAUCGCGGAGUGCCUUUUCGCGGGGGUCUUCACUCUGGAGAUGCUCAUCACGUGCGGGUAUGACCUCACGUGCGCGCGUGCCGCCUGGCCUACCCACCGGACGCCAUUCUGGAAAGACCCGCUGGACCUGUUGGACUUGGCCGUCGUUGUAUGUUCCGACGUGUCGUUGGCGAUUGGCGAGAUGGACACGGCGGGCAGCAUGCAGGUGUUCCGCAUCUUGCGUCUGGCCAGGCUCCUGCGGCUGAUCCGGCUAUUGAGGAAGAUCUACCAGUUCGACACCCUGCACCUCAUGACGACGGCCAUCAAAGGAAGCAUGGGCGCUCUGAUGUUCUCCAGCAUGCUACUGGUCACGAUUCUGACAUUCUUCGCGAUGGUGGCCACGAAAGUUCUACGGGCCGCGUACCUGGGGGAGAGCUCCCCCCUGGAACCCGAGAAGCAGCAGGAGCUCUUCCGGUACUUCGGGACUUUCUCCAGGUCGAUGCUCUCGAUGUUCGAGCUCACCCUGGCGAAUUGGCCCACGGUCACGCGGUUCAUGGUCGAGGAACUCCAUGAGUGUUUCGGGCCCAUCUGCGUCGUGUGGAAGUUGUCAAUCGGCCUUGCCGUGGUCGGUGUGAUCAACGGCGUGUUCAUCAGGGAGACCUUCUCGGUGGCCGAGGGCGACGAGUUCAUCAUGAUCAGGAGCAGGAUGCGGCAGGUCCUCCAGCACAAAGACCGCAUGAGACGUCUGUUCCAGCUCGCGGACAAGAACAAAGACGGGGUGCUCGACCGCGAGGAGUUCCGCCGCGUCUUCGAAAAGCCCGCGAUCAAGGCUUGGCUGGAGGCCAUGGAGCUGCGCUGCGACGACGUGGACACGCUGUUCGUUCUCAUCGCGGGCUCGGUGCACGGCGUGAUCAGCGAGGAAGAGCUGAUCCGAGGCAUCGCCCAGCUCAAGGGGCCAGCCAGGAACUUCGACCUGCUGACCCUCACGCGUGGUCUCGAGGCCAAGAAGACUUCGGGCUGAGCCGCUCAAGCUCGGCUGGCCAGCGCUGCCGCCGCUGAGACGGGAGCACGCGGCGGCAAGGCUGCAGGAGGGAGAGCACACGGGGAGGGGGGGGAGCAAGCAGGGCGCACGGAGCAGGAGCAGCUCUUCCUCGCUCUUCCCCAUGCCGGGGCCGAGCCCCGCCGCCUCGUGUGCCACAGGCGCCGACAUCACAACGUCCCCACCAAUCAAACCACCACUCCGAUUGCAUAUGUUCCGGUCGCUUACAAAGUAAGGGCCGUAUGCACUUUCAGAUGUUGAGCCCAGGUGCCGCGCCAAGAACUGGCACGUGGCUUCUUGCUUUGCUGCGCGCCGGCCCCGACCAUGUCGCGCCCGCGCCCGCAGCCCCACGUUUUGCGUUCUGUAUCGGGGGGAGGCACGCGCGUGCCGGAGCACUUGCCGUCAGCAUUGCACCCAAGGUCGCGCAUGCCGCCCAGACAAAAACGUUACAGGACGAUUUUUGCAUCGGACGCGGGAUCUUGGCAAGCGUGGCACAGUUGGCAAAAGAAGAUGCCCCAUACUGCCCGCACCAGGCGUAAGGGACAGGGUGGUCUCCAAGUUCGCCUGGUGACCACGAUUCUUCAUUAUCCGUUUUUAUUCGUGGUUCCGGCCAAAUUGCCUGGCGCCUUUCAGCUUCAUACAAAUAUGUCUCUCUCUCUCGCUCUGUGCCUUUCUUGCUCUCUAUCUCUCUUUCUUUCUUUCUCUCUCUCUCUCUCUCUUUCUCUCUUUCUCACUCUCGCUCUCUCUCUCUCUCUCUCUUUCUCUCUUUCUCUCUUCGCAGCCGAGCUUUGCAGGGGCACUUUGCACGCCACCUGACCUGAUGCUUGCGUAGAGGACCUGAGAGGAACGCGAGAUUCCGCUAGCCGCCACAGCGUCUGGAGAUUUGUGAUGCUACGCGCCAGGCCGAAAUUAC